AUGAUCCUGCCUACACAGAAAGAAAAAAAAAAAAGGCGACAAAAGUUCAACACCCCAGGAGGUAAAUAUCCAAACGAUUUAAAAAGUAGCCUCUACAACAUGUGCCUCAAUUUUGCAUACAGUGACAUCUAUCAAGACUACAUAAACAGAUUAAGUCUAAACUGCCACAAUAAUUGCGAUUAUGACCAAAUAAGGAGAAGCACUUUUAUACCUAGAGAGGAUUUUUUCAAGUAUUAUAAUUUCCCCUUUUACGAUAACAACUUUGAGUUAGAAUCAGAACAAUUCUACGAAGAUGAAAUUUUGGGGGAUUCCGAUGAUGGUGUUAGCGGUGUGGAGGAGGUGGGGAAAUAUGCUUUGGAGAGAUACGAUGCUUGGAGGUAUAAGUCCACGACUAGUCGAAUAAAGAAUCUCAUACUUGGGAUGCCCGAUCGUAAAGGGGUUGUCCUAUCAAGGGGGAAAGGCAAGCAUGCGGGGGGUGGCGAUGUCGAUGUCGAUGGCGAUAAUGCUUACCGAAGAGACGACGACGAUGACGCAGAAUCAAAAUCGUACGCCUCCAAACUCUUCCGAGUUAUCAGUCAAAGGAAAAAUUGCGAACUGGGGAGUGACAACAACCGCAGCAGUGACGACAGCAGGGUGGCCCAAUUGCACAGGAGUCAAGAAAUGUUAAGCGAGUCGAUCGGAGGGGAGAGAAAGGGAAUUAACAAGCGAGACAGAUGGAGUUCGCUGUGUCAGUUUGUCUGUUCGUGUAUAGCUGCCUCGCUAACCGCACAAUGCUACAUAGACAUUCCGCCAAUCAGCUCGUCCCUUGAUUAUGCUCUUCUCCUAUUGCUGCUUCUCUUCUGCUACCUAUUUAUCGGUUUGCCGAUUCUUCAAAUGGAAUAUGCCCUUGGUCAACUAUCGCAAGGGUGCAUAAUCAAUGGGUUAAGCUUUUUAAAAAAAAAGUACAGAGGAGUUGCAAUCGCUUCAUUAAUCAUAACUUUUUGUAUACUAUCGAGAAGUGCUCGUGACACGGUGGACACUGCGAUUGUUGUUGUCACUUCGGUGAGAAAAACUUUGCCUUGGAAAUUGAACAAAUGUGAUGGAAUCCCACUCAGGGGAGAAUGCCUCCAGAAUGGGAAAUGCAUAUGGGUGACGGCUAACACGGGAAGGAAUGACACCCUUAGGGGGAAUUCCCCUGAAAGGUUAUUCUAUCCUGGUCAACGAUUUGGCAUUUUAGACACACAAAUCAGAAGUAGAUGGAAGGGGUUCAUCCUGAGUGAAAUUCCUCUCUCAGGGGAUCACUGCACAUCUGAUGCCACUUCGGAGUGGCAUCAUUUCUUCUCCAAAGAAGUAAAAUUAGUUUGGAAAAUAGGGGCGCUUUUCCUAAUCACACUCACUUUGUAUUUCCUGCUAAGGAUGGAGGGCAUGUGUCUAACUCAAUGCCUGCAGUAUACAUUCUUCCUCUUCUUUCUUGUAGCGCUUUUUCAAAUAUUUGUUCUUUCCUACGAAUUGAAGUCAAACAGGUGGGUUGCCCUCAAUGGAGAGGGGACCCACCCUAAAGAUGGGCAUACUAAUGGCAGUAUCUUUUUCAACACGGAUUAUUUCCUUUACCUAAAUUUUGAAGUAAUAGCAAAAGUAUGUACCCUGGUAUUGGUGUCUCUAAAUUGCAGCACAGGAAUUAACUACCUGUUUUCUUCCUACAGCAAUAUUGGGGAUAACCUUUUUGUAUCUUCGUGGUAUGUCAUGUUGGGUUCCUUUGUCGGGAUAGCUACACACAUUGUACAUUACUACGUGUGUGUACAACUUCUGAGUAGUGUUCCUACUGGGAGAGGAGCUUUAAAGAUAAUGAUACCACCAACGUGUGAUGGAUCAUCUGAAGGCAUUUGCUCUCUUCACGAUUUGUUUUUCAAAAAAGGAGACCCAAUUAACAAUUUCAUCGUUUAUAUGGUUUCCCUGUCAAGAGUGAACUUCCAAAAUAUGAUGAGCUUCACCUACUUCCUUUGUUCCUUGUUGGCCCUGCUAAUAUCCUCUACUCUCCAUUUGAAGGGGAUAAUAUUGGUGCUAAAGGAGAGUAGAAAAUUUAAAGGUAUCAAAAAAAAGGUUAUUACCCUGUUUGUAAUUUUGGGAUAUUACCUUUUGGGGCUUUUUUAUUUGUCUCCUUUUGGACACAACAUAAAUUUGAUUAUGAAAUAUGCCACGUUCAGUUGUGUGUAUCUGUUUGUCGUCUUUGCUCAAGUGGUUUGUGUUACAUGGACUUAUGCGUCUGAACGGAGGGAACGGAUAAUAAGUGGCUCCCCCCCAAAAAAAGAGCAUUUUUUUUUGCGUCAACCAAUAUUUUUCCUCUUCACUGCGAUGUGGGUGGUGCCGCCAGUUGUGCUAUACCUACAUAGGCAUAUUUUCCCCAAUUCUGAAGAAUCAGCUGUCGUCCAUUCAUACCUACGGACCGCCUCGAAUGGUAAAGAUGGAUCUGCCAAUUUGGAUGCCUUUUCAAGCGAAGCGUCAAUCGAGACGGGGAGAACCCCCCAAGGGGGAGUCCCCUUCGAGGAGACAUACCAAGAGGUACUCACAAACACAAGCACCGCACCAAAGGGAGGAGCACAUAACAUGAAAGACACAAAAUCGGAGAGCUCUUUUGGGGCCUGUGCACACCUCACCGCUACGAUAGCAGCCAUAUUGCUCACUCUCUUCAUUUCGCUCCUCACCUUUGUAAGGCCAAACAAAAUGAACUGCCUCGCAUGUGCCCCCACCAACACCUGGGACAUUAGCGAUGUGGACUUUAAGAGAAUGAACCCCGCGAACUAUGCCUACACAAGCCGCAUACACUUUUUUGAGGAAAUAUACCCCAUCGAGAGAAUUAUGCCUCCCUAUGUUUGGACGCACAUAACCAAACACAUAGAGAAGGAAAAACCAGUUACAUCAUUACACGGGGAUGACAAAACGGAUGAGACGAUACAUGACAAGAGCUUUUCUUACUUAAACAAAAAUGACUUUGAAAAUUAUAUCUUCAAUUUAAUCGAUCGGGGAUCCAAAUUGAGCCACUUUUCAGGCACAAAUGGGCAGCACUAG